AUUCUCUCUUUUCAUCUUCCAAAUCUUGUAACCAUUUUGGAGACUUAUAUUUUAAACAUUGUUCAUAUUUUGGAUUGCAGGUUCUUCCUUGUCAAAUUGGGACUUUGGUUGAAUAUGACAACUAAAGUUGUUCUUAAAGUUCUUAACUAUAAGAAUUAGAGUUUUCGGAUGAAGACCUACUUUUUGGCCGAAGAUCUUUGGGACGUCGUUGAAGGCACCAUUAAGGAACCUCCUGAAGCAGAAGAACAUAAGGCUUGGAAGAAGAAGGAUGCCAAGGGCUUAUAUGCAAUCCAGAAUUCUUGCGGAGAUGGUACUUAUCCAUUAAUCGAGUACAGAAACUCGGCUGAAGCAACAUGGAGGACUUUCUCACUUAAUUUGAAGCGAGCUGGAGGAGCAUCAGAUGAAAGUGGACACGAUGAGAGAGAUGAGAGCGUUGAGACUGUGGUGACUCUUGAGAGCAAUGCCAACCAUAUCCAAGAAACUUUCGUGAAAAAUGUCAAGUCUAAUGAUUGGGAUAAUGCGAUCAACUUUCUUCGCCAACAUCCCCAACUAGGAAGUGCAAGAGUUCAAUGGGAUGGUACAGCUCUUCACUACGCAAUCAGGAAGAGGUGCAGCUUGCGCAUUAUACAACAGUUGGUGGAGUUAAUGGCAAAUGAAGACUUGGAAAUACAAGACUCUCUUGGUUGCACAGCUCUUUAUUAUUUGAUAACUUUGUUUCCAAAAAUGGUUGAAGUAGCUGAAUGCAUGGUUAAAAAGAACCACAAUUUACUUACUAUUAUACCUACUUCUAUGCCGUGGUGGAAUAGGAAGCCUCUAGUUCUGUCUGCCCAAGAGAACGCAAAAGGGGAAAGAAUGGCUCGCUAUUUCUAUUCCCUCACUCCACCUGAAAUGAUAAAAGUUAUGGAUACCACUCAACUUAUUUCUGACGGUUUUUGUCCUUAAAGAUUUGGUACUUUUCCCCGUUUGAUUUUUUUUUUUUUUAAACAAUUUUUGUCUAUAUAUAUAUUUACAAUGUUUUCUUUUCAUGCUUGUAUUAUAUAUAGAUACUGCGUGGGAUUUUGAUUCAAUGUUACCUAAAAUUGACCAUUUGCUAUAGACCACGACAUGAAUAUCCCCUUAACAACAUUUACCAGUAACCGUUUUUGCAUUCAAAAGCAGAAGGCUGCUCAGUUUAUGGGAAAAAUUGAUCUAUUAUGGUAUACGCAUAAAACCUCUUCCUCCCAUCAACAAGGAAAAACAUGAAAGUGAGCAAGUGAUCAAAGGCAUCUGUUAGACCAAAAAGAGAAGCAAAGACAUCAUCUUAUUUCCUCAGGUAAGUUAAAUGUCUGCAAUCCAAUUGGUUUAUGUUAAUGCCAUGCCAAUGCUACUACAAAAAUAUAUGAACAUAUUUAUUCCAUAUUUCCUAGAGUUGUAGUCAUAAUAUCAGUAGAUCGAUAGAAUGUUAGCUACAGUCAUGCAAUGCAAUUUAAGUAUGGCCACAUUGAAUUAGCAAAAUUCUUAAACCACAAAACAUAAACAAAAUGGGCAGAUUAUAGUACCCUUUAAAACCGAAAUAGAAUAGGGUUUUCUCGGAUUUCACCUUAUUUCACCCACAACCUUCCAUUCUUCUCGAUCGAGCUUGGAAACAACCUUGAUUCACACACUACUACAAAAGAGGCUAUCACUGGCGGUGGAAAAACCGACAAGAAACCCUAAUUAUUGUCGGAUUUUUGGUAAAAAUCUAAUAUUAAAUGAUGCAAUGUCGGAUUAGAGAACCGAUACCGUUGCUAGCGUUACGAAAAGGGUUUUGACGUCCGUUAGUCCUCUUAA